AGGGAGGAAUAUUUCAGCCUUCAGAAGCAACCUUCAGCAGACAGAGAGGAUCUACGAUCAGAUGUCAGGGAAACUGAAUGAUGCAGAACGUUACCGAUGAUGUUUGAUCCGGACACUGACGCGCAUUAACGCUGAUGACAGAGUGGGACGAUUGAAUGGCAGGAAGAUCCCGGAGCGCAGAGCUGCGUCAAUAAAUAAUCUACAGACCAUGAACUAUGUGGGUCAGCUGGCGGGCCAGGUGUUUGUGCAGGUCAAGGAGCUGUACAGGGGGCUCAACCCUGCAACGCUGUCUGGAUGCAUUGAUGUCAUUGUGGUCCGGCAGCCUGAUGGCUCGCUGCAGUGCUCCCCGUUUCACGUCCGCUUCGGAAAGAUGGGUGUGCUGCGGUCCCGUGAGAAAGUGGUGGACAUAGAGAUUAAUGGAGAGCCGGUUAGUUUGCACAUGAAGCUGGGAGAGAAUGGAGAGGCUUUCUUCGUCACAGAGACUGAGGACACACUGGAAGUGGUGCCAGCCUACCUUGCAACUUCACCCAUCAUGACAGUGGGGGAGGAGUUAAUGCAGACCGAACUGGGCAGGGGUGCUUCUCACCAUCAUGACAACAUCCCCUGCAGCACACUUCCUGUCCAGAGCCUGGGGCCGCAAGAUGGAGCGACAUUGAAGAAAAGGAGGAGGAGGAGGAGGAAGGCAAGGCCACAAGGAGGAGGGGGAGCCGGAGGGAGAAGAGAGGACAGUGGAGAGGAGUUCUCAGAGGAUGAAGACAUGUUUACUAUUGAUCUGAGUUCGGAUGAGGAGAAGGGCGGGGACAGCAGCAGACCAGCGUACAAUGAUCUGGAUCCUACAACCAACAGCAAUUCAUACCACAUGACCGAGUGGACUGAAUCACAGAGUAACGUGAUUAAGAAGACUCUCUCCAUCCAUCCAUCCUUUGGUCUGUCCAUCUCUUGUCCUCAGAGCACGUCUCGCUGUUCUUCCUUUGCGGGCAGUCCAGAUGACUCGGCAUCAUCAACACCGAAGAGUGACUCAGAACUGACCAAUCAGACGAAUCCUGAAAUGCUGUGGACCUGGGGGGAGCUGCCACAGGCUGCACAGCCAUCCUUCCUUGCUUCUCACCAGAAGCACGACUCAGCUGCAGCCGUCUCCAUCCCGCUGACUGCAAGCAGCCACUUCAGAGCCAUCACGGACACGGGGUCAGCCCCGGAGGGUCCCUGUGGCUUAGAGUCGGCCCAGACCACUGCUGCUGACGGGACAAUGGACAUAGAAGGAAACAGCUGUGAGCCCUGGCUGAAGUUACAGAUUACAUCUGAGCAGAACUCUGGAGAAGAAAAUGUUAAAGAGGCUGAGAAUGUUGGCCCGUCAUCUAUGGAGGUGGAGACAGCUUGUUCAAUGUCUCUAAAGUCUCUCCCCGGUCAUCUAACUGAAGAAAGUUACAGAGAAAGUCCUGUCAGAAAUACUGAUUCGCCAUCGAAGAGGAAAGGUAAAAAAAGAAGCCAGCAUCUGGGGGCUGAUGGUGUUUAUCUGGAUGACAUUACGGAGCUGGAGCCUGAAGUUGCUGCACUCUACUUCCCAAAAAGUGAUGGAGGAGGCAGCUCUACGAGGGGGGACACAGAGAUUAUGAUGGACGUGAGGGGCACCAACCAGUCUCCUCAGUCAGUGGGCAGCAGCGGCGUGGACAGCGGAGUGGACAGUUUGUUGGACCAGAUAGCCGACCUGCCUCAUGUUGCCAUCUCUUUGUGCGGAGGACUGUCAGACAACAAGGAGAUCACGAAAGAGCAAUUCCUGGAUAGAGCAGUUUCUUACCAGCAGUUCUCAGAGAACCCGUCUAUUAUAGAUGAUCCUAACCUGGUGGUCAAAGUUGGAAACAAGUACUACAACUGGACCACUGCUGCUCCUGUUAUGCUGGCUAUGCAGGUCUACCAGAAACCCCUGCCACAGUGCUGGUGUCUGAGUUAUGUUUUUUCUGUUUUUGGCCUCUUCUCAUACUGCUUCCCCGGUCUGUUUGGCUCCACCACUUCAGAGCCUGCCUCAGUGGAGAAUAUCAUGAAGGAAAAGAUGCCUAAGAAAGGAGGACGCUGGUGGUUUUCAUGGAGACGGAGGAACAGUGACUCUAAGUCGGAAACAGCUGCAGAAAUGGGAGACAGAGAAGAUGGCUCGCUUACUUUGACCUCAGAGAACGGUUUGAAAGAUGACUCCUCUUCAAGCGAUGAGGACCACACAUCAUGCAAUCAGAUGUCAGAAUCCUUUCAGCCGGAGCCUGUUUUAAACUCCGCCGCCGGUGUGUGUUAUAAGAAGACUCUACGGCUUACUUCAGACCAGCUGGUUAGCCUGCAGCUAAAGGAAGGGCCCAAUGAAGUGGUGUUUAGCGUAACCACUCAGUAUCAAGGCACGUGCCGCUGUCAUGGCACAAUCUAUCUUUGGAGCUGGGAUGACAAGAUUAUCAUCUCAGAUAUAGAUGGAACCAUCACCAGGUCUGACACUCUUGGCCACAUCCUUCCCACUCUGGGUAAAGACUGGACCCACCAGGGUAUUGCACGGCUCUACCACAGAGUCAGCCUAAACGGGUAUAAAUUUAUGUAUUGCUCAGCUAGAGCGAUUGGCAUGGCUGGGAUGACGAGGGGCUACCUGCACUGGGUUAAUGAAAGAGGAACCAUGCUGCCUCUGGGCCCGGUUCUGCUCAGCCCCAGCAGCCUCUUCUCUGCCUUUCACAGGGAGAUUAUUGAAAAGAAACCAGAAUUGUUCAAGAUUGAGUGUCUGACGGACAUCAAGCAUCUUUUCUACCCGAACACUGAACCUUUUUAUGCCGCCUUUGGGAACAGAGCCACGGAUGUGUAUUCGUACAAGGAAGUUGGCAUUCCUCUGAACAGGAUUUUCACUGUCAACCCAAAAGGAGAGCUAAUACAGGAGCAUGCCAAAACAAACAUUUCCUCAUUUGGACGCCUGUGUGAGAUGGUCGACCACGUGUUCCCAGUCCUGCUUCAAAAUGAGGAAGCAGACAUUCCCUCCUCUGAUAGUUUUGAUCAAAACACUGACUGGAGGAAACAGUUGCCUGAUAGUAGUAGUCAUGAGGAGGAUGAAUCCCAGCCUAUUGAGGCAAACUGAAGAAGAAAAAAAACAUCGGAUAGAGAAUCUUCAAGACUGCAGCUUUGGCUUGUCCUGUUCAUGAUGACAGUAUCACAGGUUCACAUCUGAGCUCAGAGGUGAAAAUUAUGCUACCAAAAACUGAGAUGGAAAAACGGCCUGAGGAUGUGUCUCUAAAAAUGGACGAUGAAAACAGGUCCUACGCUAAAAGGUUACCUUUAAAUAGGUAAUUGUGACUUCUCGUGUAAAAUAAAUGAAUGUAUGUAUAACCAUGUAAACAGAAUAACUAAAUAAGUACAAAGUGGAAAUAAUAAUUAAGGGAAAAGAGGGACUCAUUUUCAGGAAAAAUAAUUGUGGAAAAGGAAAGUUUUGGGAAAAAAGACAGAAAAAUGAACCUGAUACAUUUCAACAAAAGGUUGAGAUUUCCUCAUAAAGUAAAAUUAACACAUGGUUUAAAGCACAUAUGUAAAAGUGUACCAUCCCACACAUACACCACACUGCAGGAAAAUUUUUCCCUGCUCUUUUUUCAGUCCCACAGACCUUUUCAUUUAGACUAACAGCAACAACCAAUACAGCUGAAUAAUAAAACUACAUUUCCUAUUUUUAAUGUAAUACGUAACUUUAGGUUUUUAUGCAGUAUCUAUUUCUAUGUCUUCUUCAGGAAAGAAUUUUGACAUUUCUACUCAACACUGGCAACUUACCACCAAAUGUUAUGCAGACACAAAAUGCAGUUUAGUAUGACCUCAUGCACAUGUGAAUCUUCUAGACCUCUUAAACACAGCAUUACAUGACAGCCAUCCACGUUAUGCAAAAAAAAACAAAAAAAAAAAACAACCCAGGUAUUGUUUU